UAAAUAGAGGCCGCGCGGCGGCGGACAGGCAGCGUGGCUUGAGUCCUCCGGUCGGGCUCUGGUACCUGAUCGUCUCCCGGCGUAACCCUUGCCCGCUGUGGCAAGCAGACUCAUCUCCAGGUACCGGGGCCUUCUGGUCCGCACGGCCUCCCGGGCGGGCGGAGCGAUGGCGGAUGCGGCGCCAGGCGCCAGCGGAGAAACCAUGGCCGCGCUAGUGCCCACAGAAGGUUCCUUGGGCCCGGCGGGCUGGAAUGCCGGCCGGAGUUUCUCCAACUACCGGCCGUUCGAGCCCCAGACGCUGGGCUUCAGCCCGAGCUGGCGGCUGACGAGCUUCUCCGGCAUGAAGGGCUGAGGCUGCAAGGUCCCCCAGGAGACCCUGCUCAAACUCCUGGAGGGACUGACGCGGCCCACGCUGCAGCCGCCGCUUACCUCGGGUCUGGUCGGGGGCCAGGAAGAGACGGUGCAGGAAGGGGGUCUGUCCACCAGGCCCGGCCCCGGCUCAGCCUUCCCCUCGCUGAGCAUCGGGAUGGACUCCUGCGUCAUCCCCCUGAGGCACGGAGGCCUGUCGCUGGUGCAGACCACCGACUUCUUUUACCCCUUGGUGGAAGAUCCCUACAUGAUGGGGCGCAUAGCGUGUGCCAAUGUGCUCAGUGACCUCUACGCCAUGGGCAUCACUGAGUGUGACAACAUGUUGAUGUUACUCAGUGUGAGCCAGAGCAUGAGUGAAAAGGAACGUGAGAAGGUAACACCGCUCAUGAUCAAAGGCUUUCGUGACGCUGCGGAGGAGGGAGGAACUGCAGUGACCGGUGGACAGACGGUGGUCAACCCUUGGAUUAUCAUCGGCGGGGUUGCCACUGUGGUGUGUCAGCAAAAUGAAUUCAUAAUGCCUGAUAGUGCUGUGGUGGGAGAUGUGCUGGUAUUAACCAAACCUUUAGGAACCCAGGUUGCUGCCAAUGCCCACCAAUGGCUGGAUAAUCCUGAGAAAUGGAAUAAAAUCAAGAUGGUGGUUUCCAGAGAGGAAGUAGAGUUAGCCUAUCAGGAAGCGAUGUUCAAUAUGGCGACUCUAAACAGGACUGCUGCUGGCUUGAUGCACACCUUUAAUGCUCACGCGGCCACGGAUAUCACGGGCUUUGGCAUAUUAGGACACUCUCAGAACCUCGCAAAACAGCAAAAAAAUGAAGUGUCCUUUGUCAUUCAUAACCUGCCAAUCAUUGCCAAGAUGGCUGCGAUCAGCAAAGCCAGUGGGCGCUUUGGCCUCCUCCAAGGAACGUCAGCUGAAACCUCCGGGGGCUUACUGAUUUGUCUGCCAAGAGAACAGGCAGCCCGCUUUUGUUCAGAAAUCAAAUCUUCCAAGUACGGAGAGGGUCACCAAGCUUGGAUCGUUGGCAUCGUGGAGAAGGGAAACCGGACAGCGCGGAUCAUUGACAAGCCCCGCGUUAUUGAAGUUCUACCUCGGGGAGCCUCUGCUGCUGCUCCUGCUCCUGAUAAUUCCAACGCAGCCGCUGAGCCUAGUUCUUGAAAUGGGCUAACAGUUGUUGGGAACUCGGAGCCAUUCUACACGCUCACGGACUGUAGGCCAGGGUUGAUUUUAAGACCUUUCCAAAGGCUGCCUGCAUAGUGCCUCCAGGGACUUUUGCUAGUUCCAUCAAAAGCUUCCUGUGUGUACAUCCAGGCUCAGAAGUAACACUGCAGGGGAUGUGUGUUCAUCUGUGGAGAGAGAGCAUGAGGGGCAAAAUCUCUUUUCCCAAAGCAAGAUGAGGCUAUUCCAGUUUUAGGGAUAUUUUUGCACUGAGUUGAUUCAUUUCUGCACAGGGAGUAAAGAUUAUUAAGAUUACAUAUGAAAAAAGUAAACCUGCAACAUGAAAAGAAAUUAUUUGGACCAAUAUAUUGAUACAUCUAAAUUGUUAAGAGAACUCUUAUUGAUUUACUGUCAAAUUUGUUAUUAAUUUUUUCUGAGAAACUGCCUCUUUUCCUGUUCUGGACAAGAGUUGAGCAACUUGUCCAACCAGGAAAGGAAGACCGUAGCCACCUGCCUUGGUCUCUGAUAAUGAUGUCUCUCCCUGUAACUCCUAAUAAGGACUGGGAAAGGCUGAACAAACUCCAGAGCCAGGUGUUGGUGACCAUUGAAGCUUACACUGAAAAUUCCUGGAGAUCUAAUUAAUAAAGAAAAUUUCUUACAGCUAACUAAAUAAAAGGGACUUUGUUGGAAAA